GGUAGAGCACCAGAGCCGGGUUCAUAUCUGUCUCGCGCGAAAGAACAGAGCUAGAAAAGAAAAACCAUAGCAGUCGAGGCAGCAACAGAUACAGAAAGAGAAAGAGAGAGAGAAAAGAGAAGAGAAGCGCACGCACGCGCACGCUUACUUGCUUAGUUUGUUGGGUCAAAAGUAUAGAGAAAGCAGAAUAAGGGUUGAUAGACCGUGGAAUCUAAAAGAAUCACUCACAAAAGUUCUGGGUUUUUGGUUGUUUUUUGGGUUCUCUCAUUUUGCAACCCCACCCUUAACUAUUGCGUGCUUCGUACGGUCUAUCCACCCUAAUCUGCAAUUACAUUCUUUACCCACUCUCUCUUUCUCUCUGUAUCUUUCAUACACUAAUUUUGCAGCUUCAUCAAGAUCUUUAAGCUUGUUUGCAGCUCUCUCUUUUUCCUUUUUCUUUCCUUUUCAAAGAGAUUUAAUUUGUAGUGUUGUAAUCUUUUUGCUGUUUUUGCUUUAGUUCUAUUUAGUAUUUUGUUGGAGUAUUGUGUGUUCUGUUGUAUUGUUUUUAGCAUAUUACUAUGACGGACGGUGAGACUAGGGUUUCAGGGACUUUGGCUGGUGGCGGCCCCUCUUACUGGCUGGAUGCCUGUGAGGACAUCUCCUGUGAUCUUAUUGACAAUUUUGUUGAUUUUGAUACUUCAAUUGUUCAAGGUUCCAUUGAUGAUACUUCGAAUCAAGAUAAUCUCGUUAAUGAUUUCUUUGGAGGUAUUGAUCACAUUCUUGAUAGCAUCAAGAAUGGUAGCGGCUUGCCUCUAAUUGCUGACAGCAAUAACACCAGUAGUAAUGGUACACCGGCUAUUGUUGGCAAUGGAAUUCAGGACUGUAAUGUUGGGGACGGGUGGUUUAAGAAUGAGACAGCUGCCUUCUGCACAAGUACAAAUGAAAACACCCCAUUGCAAUCAAAUGGCAAUGGUAAAAUCAAUUUUGAAAGUAAUGGCCAGGUGGAGAAUUUUAGUAAUGGAUUGAAUUCAUUGGAUAGAAGAGUGGAAGAGAGUUUGAAUUCGUUGAACAGUUCUAUUAAGGAAAAUGGGAAUAAGGGCAGUGUCGAGGGGCUGAGGGAACGAGGUUUUGAUGGUGAAGAAAGGUGUUGUAAAAGGGCUAGGAUUACCAGCUACAAGAAUGAUAGAGAUAGACAGUACUCUAGUCGAGGGCAGUAUGAUCCAAGGGAUAGGGAUAGAAGCUCUAACAGAAAGAGACUGCGGGAUUGGGAUGAUAUUGAUAGGAGGGACAGGGAUAGGGAUCAUCCUCGCAGAAAUAGGUAUAAUGGUGGCUCUAGGAGGGAUGGUAGAGAUAGGGAUUGGAAGGAUAGAGAACAGAGGGGUUAUUGGGAGAGGGACCGUUCUGGGUCCAAUGAGAUGGUUUUUCGCAUAGGUACUUGGGAAGCUGACCGAAACAAAGAAGGAAAGGAAACCAAUGACAAAGAUCAUGAGUGUAAUGGAAAGCAAGAGAAGAAAUCUGAGGAGUCUAAGGAGAAACUCCCUGAGGAGCAAGCUCGCCAAUAUCAAUUAGAUGUUCUUGAACAAGCUAAGAAGAAAAACACUAUUGCUUUUCUUGAAACUGGUGCAGGGAAGACCCUCAUUGCGGUACUUCUGAUCAAAAGCCUUUGUAAUGACUUGCAAAGGCAGAACAAGAAAAUGCUUGCUGUAUUUUUGGUUCCCAAGGUUCCGCUUGUUUAUCAGCAAGCCGAAGUCAUUCGUGAGCGUACUGGUUACCAAGUGGGCCAUUACUGUGGUGAAAUGGGUCAAGAUUUCUGGGAUGCUCGAAGGUGGCAGCGUGAGUUCGACUCAAAACAGGUUUUAGUGAUGACAGCCCAAAUUCUGUUGAACAUUCUGAGACACAGCAUAAUUAAAAUGGAAGCAAUCGAUCUCCUUAUUCUGGACGAGUGUCAUCAUGCUGUGAAGAAACAUCCAUAUUCUUUGGUGAUGUCUGAGUUUUAUCAUACAACACAAAAGGAAAAAAGACCCUCUGUUUUUGGAAUGACUGCUUCUCCUGUUAACUUAAAGGGUGUUUCAAGUCAGUUCGAUUGUGCAAUAAAAAUCCGUAACCUUGAAAGUAAACUAGAUUCCAUAGUUUGUACAAUAAAAGACCGCAAAGAACUGGAAAAACAUGUGCCAAUGCCAUCGGAAAUUGUGGUGGAGUAUGACAAAGCAGCCAGCUUAUGGUCCCUUCAUGAACAAUUAAAGCAAAUGGAAGUGGCUGUUGAAGAAGCUGCACAAUCAAGUUCACGAAAAAGUAAAUGGCAAUUUAUGGGAGCUAGAGAUGCUGGGGCUAAGGAAGAGCUGCGCCAAGUUUAUGGUGUCUCUGAAAGAACAGAAAGUGAUGGGGCAGCUAACUUGAUUCAAAAGUUGAGGGCAAUCAAUUAUGCACUCGGUGAACUGGGUCAGUGGUGUGCUUACAAGGUUGCGCAGUCCUUUCUGAUGGCUUUACAAAAUGAUGAGAGGGCAAAUUACCAGCUUGAUGUCAAGUUUCAGGAAUCCUACCUGGAAAAAGUUGUUUCACUCUUACAGUGUCAAUUAACAGAGGGAGCUGUGGCAGACAAGGAAGCAAAAUCUCCUGACAACGAGAAUGGAAUUGCUCAAGAUGGGACUGAUCCUGAUGAGAUUGAAGAAGGGGAGCUUCCUGACAGUCACGUUGUCUCCGGUGGAGAGCAUGUGGAUGUGAUAAUAGGGGCUGCUGUUGCUGAUGGAAAAGUGACCCCAAAAGUGCAGUCACUAAUAAAAAUACUUCUCAAAUAUCAGCACACAGAGGAUUUUCGUGCAAUCAUCUUUGUUGAGCGAGUAGUAGCGGCUUUAGUUCUUCCGAAGGUUCUUGCAGAGCUUCCAUCUCUGAGUUUCGUUAGAUGUGCAAGUUUGAUCGGGCAUAACAAUAGUCAAGAAAUGCGGACAUCGCAGAUGCAGGAUGCAAUUGCCAAAUUUCGAGACGGUCGUGUGACAUUGUUAGUUGCUACCAGUGUUGCUGAGGAAGGACUAGAUAUUAGGCAAUGCAAUGUUGUUAUUCGCUUUGAUCUUGCAAAAACUGUACUGGCAUAUAUUCAGUCUAGAGGUCGUGCAAGAAAGCCUGGUUCAGAUUAUAUCUUGAUGGUGGAGAGGGGUAAUCUGUCUCAUGGAGCAUUCUUAAGGAACGCUAGGAAUAGUGAGGAGACCUUGCGGAAAGAAGCAAUUGAGAGAACUGACCUUAGUCACCUUAAGGAUACAUCAAGAUUGAUUUCUGUUGAUACAGUACCAGGAACUGUGUACCAAGUGGAGUCUACUGGUGCUGUUGUGAGCUUGAAUUCUGCUGUUGGGCUUAUCCAUUUUUAUUGUUCUCAGCUACCAAGUGAUAGGUAUUCAAUACUUCGUCCUGAGUUCAUUAUGGAGAGACACGAGAAGCCAGGAGGUCCAACGGAAUAUUCAUGCAAGCUUCAACUUCCUUGCAAUGCACCAUUUGAGAAACUUGAGGGUCCUGUUUGCAGUUCAAUGCGCCUUGCACAACAGGCUGUUUGUUUGGCUGCUUGCAAGAAGCUCCAUGAGAUGGGAGCAUUUACUGACAUGCUCUUGCCAGACAAGGGAAGUGGGGAAGAAAGAGAAAAGGUUGACCAAAAUGACGAAGGUGAACCACUUCCUGGGACUGCUAGGCAUAGGGAGUUCUAUCCUGAAGGUGUAGCCAAUAUACUCCAGGGAGAAUGGAUCUUAUGUGGAAGAGAUGGUUGCAAUAGCUCCAAAUUACUUCAUCUUUAUAUGUAUGCUGUAAAAUGUGUAAACAGCGGCACUUCAAAAGAUCCAUUCUUAACCCAAGUUUCAGAAUUUGCUGUGCUUUUUGGCAAUGAGCUGGAUGCAGAGGUCUUAUCGAUGUCGAUGGAUCUAUUUAUCGCUCGAACCAUUAUCACUAAGGCAUCUCUUGUCUUCAGGGGGUCAAUAAAUAUUACUGAAAAUCAGCUGGCAUCCCUUAAAAGUUUUCAUGUGAGAUUGAUGAGCAUUGUACUGGAUGUGGAUGUUGAACCUUCCACCACUCCAUGGGAUCCUGCAAAAGCAUAUUUGUUUGUCCCUAUGGUUGGCGAUAAGUCUGUAGAUCCUGUAAAAGAAAUUGACUGGGAUCUAGUUGAAAAAAUAAUUAGAACAGAUGCAUGGAGGAAUCCCCUUCAGAAGGCUCGGCCAGAUGUUUACCUUGGUACAAAUGAGAGGACACUUGGUGGAGAUAGAAGGGAGUAUGGAUUUGGGAAAUUGCGUCAUGGCAUGGCUUUUGGACAGAAAUCUCAUCCCACCUAUGGUAUUAGAGGAGCUGUAGCACAAUUUGAUGUUGUGAAAGCUUCUGGAUUGGUUCCUAAACGGGAUGGGAUUGCAGUGGAAAAAGUGGAGUUACUCAAAGGCAAACUGAUAAUGGCUGAUAGUUGUGUCAGUGCUGAAGAUUUGGUUGGGAGAAUCGUAACAGCUGCACACUCUGGGAAAAGAUUCUAUGUAGAUUCAAUACGCUAUGACAUGACUGCUGAAAAUUCAUUCCCAAGGAAAGAGGGUUAUCUUGGUCCGUUAGAGUAUAGCUCAUAUGCUGAUUAUUACAAGCAGAAGUAUGGAGUCCAUUUGAUUUUUAAGCAACAGCCUUUAAUAAGAGGACGUGGUGUUUCAUACUGCAAGAACCUUUUAUCUCCUCGAUUUGAACACUCAGAAUUAAAUGAAGGUGAAUCUGAAGAGAUUCUUGACAAAACAUACUAUGUUUUUCUUCCUCUUGAGCUAUGUUUGGUACACCCUCUUCCUGGAUCACUUGUUCGAGGUGCCCAAAGAUUGCCAUCAAUAAUGAGGAGGGUCGAAAGCAUGCUUCUAGCAAUUCAACUUAAGGAUAUAAUAAAUUAUCCAGUCCCUGCUUCAAAGAUCUUGGAAGCCUUGACUGCAGCUUCAUGCCAAGAGACAUUCUGCUAUGAAAGAGCAGAACUUCUAGGAGAUGCUUACCUCAAAUGGGUUGUCAGUCGAUUUCUUUUUCUUAAAUAUCCUCAGAAACAUGAGGGUCAACUCACUAGGAUGAGACAACAAAUGGUGAGUAACAUGGUUUUGUAUCAAUAUGCCUUGAAUAAGGGACUCCAAUCUUACAUCCAGGCAGAUCGUUUUGCUCCAUCUAGAUGGGCAGCUCCUGGGGUGUUGCCUGUCUUUGACGAAGAUACAAAAGAUGGGGAUAACUCUUUAUUUGAUCAGGAAAAAUCUCUUCCUGAGGAUAAACCAGGAGUCGACCAGGCUAAUGAUGGGUAUGAAGAUGAUGAAAUUGAGGAUGGCGAGCUUGAGAGUGACUCUAGUUCUUAUAGAGUCCUUUCUAGCAAGACUUUGGCAGAUGUUGUUGAAGCAUUGAUUGGUGUUUAUUAUGUUGAAGAUGGUAAGAAUGCAGCAAACCACCUCAUGAAAUGGAUUGGUAUUCAGGUUGAUUUUGAUCGUGAAGAGAUAGAUUCUGCAAUAAGGCCGUCUAAUGUUCCAGAAAGUGUACUUAGAAGCAUUGAUUUUGAUACCCUAGAAGGUGCCCUAAAUAUCAUGUUCAAAGAUCGGGGCCUCUUGGUAGAGGCCAUCACUCAUGCAUCACGACCAUCUUCUGGAGUAUCCUGUUACCAACGAUUAGAAUUUGUUGGGGAUGCUGUCCUAGAUCAUCUCAUUACAAGGCACUUGUUUUUCACGUACACAAAUCUUCCCCCAGGUCGUCUAACAGAUUUGCGAGCUGCUGCUGUAAAUAACGAAAAUUUUGCACGUGUAGCAGUUAAACAUAAGCUCCAUGUGCAUCUUAGGCAUGGGUCAAGUGCCCUUGAAAAGCAGAUCAGAGACUUUGUGAAGGAAGUUCAAGAUGAAUUAUCAAAGCCAGGUUUCAAUUCCUUUGGCUUGGGAGAUUGCAAAGCUCCAAAGGUUCUUGGAGACAUUGUUGAAUCUAUUGCAGGUGCCAUCUUCCUGGACAGUGGACGAGAUACUGCAGUUGUUUGGAAGGUAUUUCAACCCUUGUUGCAUCCAAUGGUCACUCCAGAAACACUUCCCAUGCAUCCCGUCAGGGAACUGCAAGAACGGUGCCAGCAGCAGGCUGAAGGCUUGGAAUACAAAGCCACACGAAGUGGCAAUCUGGCUACUGUUGAAGUUUUCAUUGAUGGUAUCCAGAUAGGUGUUGCUCAGAAUCCGCAAAAGAAGAUGGCCCAGAAACUUGCUGCUAGGAAUGCACUUGCUGUUUUGAAAGAGAAGGAAACAGCUGAAGCCAGGGAAAAGGGUGAUGAGAAUGGGAAGAAGAAGAAAAAUGGUAACCAAACAUUUACCAGGCAAACCUUAAAUGAUAUUUGCUUGCGAAGAAAUUGGCCUAUGCCCUCUUAUCGGUGUGUGAAUGAGGGUGGCCCUGCACAUGCAAAGAGGUUUACGUUUGCAGUUCGGGUGAAUACUACUGAUCGGGGAUGGACCGACGAAUGUGUGGGAGAGCCAAUGCCUAGCGUUAAAAAGGCCAAGGACUCUGCUGCAGUUCUCCUCUUGGAACUUUUGAACAAAUGGUACUCAUGACAUUGUGUACCUUUGAUUACACGUGACGUGACCUUAUUUCUGGCGCUAAUCUCCCUAUAGCCAUCGACCGCAAACUUACCAGUCGUUUGGCGCUCGUGGUUUAGUAGUCUGAAUCUGUACCUAUAGUUUAGCUCUAAACUAGCAUUUACCAUGUGGGGCCAACAAUGCACCAUUGCUCGUGUAUCUGUGCACCUUUUAUGUGCCAUUCUUUUUUUCUCUUACAUCUAAUAUAUUCUUGUGCUAAACACGACUAAGAAAAAAAGAAAAAAAUGCAGAUUUCUA